AUGGGUUGUUCACAAUCAAAAUCCACAGGACUAUCUGUUGAACCUAUUGAACCGGCUUCAAGUUCAAAAUCUGUUAAAUUUCGUCAAAUACCGCAGCAACAGUCCGAUCGUAUCGUAGAAGAUUGUAUUAUUAUUUGGGUUUUAAAUGAUUCAUCUAUAGAUGUUGAACUUGAAAAAGCUAAAUUACGCCAUAUCGUUUCGACUAUAAAAAUCUUUACCGAUCGUGAUCAGUGUGUUGCUUAUAUAACGAAUAUACGUGUAGAAAAAAUCUUCCUUAUUGUACCAACUGAAGAAUCAUUUGUUGAUUCAAUUCGAAAUUUACCUCAACUUGAAAAAAUCUAUAUUCUUGAUUCAUCAUUUCGCGAAAAUGAUAAGAAUAUUAAUAUUAUUCCAGCAUCUUCAAAUAUUUUUUAUGAUAUUGAUAGUUUAUGCAAACAAUUAGAGAUCGAUGUCGAUUUAUGCGAACUUGAUCUUAUAGUUCUUACUGCAUCAGCUCCAAUAUCACAAGAUGAUACAAUAUCUGCUAAUUUAAAAAAACAAGGGGCAACAUUUCUUUAUGCACAAUUCAUUAGAGAAAUUAACUUUCGAUUAAAAUUUGAUAAUAAUGCUAAAAAUGAAUUUGUUAAUUUUUGUCGAAUACAUUAUGUUAAUAAUUCUGAACAAUUACAUAUGAUUGAUGAAUUUGAAGCAAAUUAUCGACCACAAAAAGCACUUUUAUGGUUAACACGUCCAGGUUUUAUUUGGCGUGUUCUACAACGUAUGCAACGUACUUUUGAAAUAGAUAUUCUCUACAAAUUAGGUUUUCUUGUUAAACAUGCACAUACACAAUUGAAUAUUUUUCAUGAAAAUAAUUCAUUUUUUACUGAAAAUAUAUUAGUUGUAUAUCGUGGAAAAACUAUGUUCAAUGAUAAAUUUAAUAGUUUAGUAAAGAAUAAUUUACAUGGUCUUAUUUCGUUUAAUAAUUUUUUCACUGCUCAUAUGGAUAAAACAGUUAGUCUCGAUUUUAUUCAUCGACGUCUUAUCGCUCUUCCAAAUGUAACUGGUGUUCUUUUUGAAAUAUAUGUUAAUCCAACAACAUAUAGUAUUCGAAGUCCAUUUGCUUCACUCGAUAAAGUUCAUGGUGAUGAUAAAGUAAACACAAAUGGAGUAUUAUUUGGCUUAAAUACCGUAUUUCGUAUAGAUUCUAUUGAAGAAUUUACCGAUGAAGCUGUAGGUAUUUUAUGGAAUGUAAAAUUAACUUUAAUAGCUGAUGAUGAUCCACAAUUACUUCGUCUUGUCGCACCCUUACGAAGUAAUGAAGUACAUGCUAAUCCACUUUCAUAUAUGGGUAAAUUAUUCAUGGAAAUGGGUGAAUAUAUGCGUGCUGAACAAUUCUUUCUUGGAAUGUUACAAGAUACAUCAGUUCUUAAUCAACCACGUCGUCUUGUACGUGUGCAUAAUGGUUUAGCUGCUAAUUACAUGCUGAAAGGCGAUUAUAUUAAAGCAUUAGAACAAUCGCAACAAGCACUUGACGUUAGUUUAAGUUAUUUACCACCUCAACAUACAGAUCUUGCUCCAUUGUAUGAUGCAAUUGGUAAAAGUUACUUCCAUUUAAAUGAUUAUCAAAAAGCAAUUGAGAGCUAUGAACGAGCAGCAGAUUUAAUUGCACUUAAUCCACAACUAAGUAAUGAUCAAUUUAUUACUGAUUUAAAGGUUCGUAUUGAUAGUACUAAAAAAUUACUUAAUAAUAAACAAUAA